AUGGGUCAUAUGUCUAUGGUUGGAAUUGCUUAUGUGAAUAACCAUAAUCUUGAUCACCUUGAAAUUGUUGACCUUCUUAUUACUCGUUUUUCUUGUACACUUCGUGGAUGGUGGGAUUCAUAUCUCACAGAGGAUUCCAGAGAAUCUAUUAAAUAUGCUGUUAAAAAGAAUGAUGAAGUUAAAUAUCUUAACUUCCUUAAGCAAGAAGUUAGAUACAAGAAAAUUGUUGAACAACUUUCUGAUAAAUUGUUGCAAUCAAAAAUUGAUAAUUUUCAGAAAAUUCUGAUUGAUGAUGUUUGUUUUGAUGUUCCUAAUGCCUUUUGGCAUAGAAGGAAACAUAUUGUUGACUUGCCUUAUGUUAAAGAUUUUGAUGAAAAAAACAUUCCUACUAAGGCUCGACCUGUUCAAUUGAAUGCUGAAAUUGUUGAGUUUUGCAAAAAGGAAAUCAAUGAUUUACUUCAGAAAACCUCAUUAGGAAUAGCAAGUCCCCCUGGUUUUAUCCAGAUUAGUGAAAAUGAUAGGUAUAAAAUCGCUUUUACCACUCCUUUUGGUCAUUAUGAGUGGAAUGUGAUGCUUUUUGGUCUUAAGAAUGCCCCUAGUGAGUUCCAAAAUAUUAUGAAUGAUAUUUUCAAUUCUUCAAGCCAUUUCACCAUUGUUUAUAUUGAUCACGUUCCUGUUUAUUCCAGCUUUAUUGAUGAACACUGGAAACAUUUGUAUUCGUUUCUAGAUACCAUCAAAAGAAAUGGUCUAGUUGUCUCUGCCAAGAAAAUCAAAUUGUUUCAAACAAAAGUCCGUUUCCUUGGCUAUGACAUCUCUGAAGGACAAAUUCAUCCUAUAGAUAGAGCCAUUCAAUUUGCUGAUAAGUUUCCUGAUGUUAUCACUGAUAAAACUCAGCUCCAGAGAUUUCUUGGUUCCCUGAAUUACGUUGCUGAUUUUUACAAGGAUAUGAGGAAACAAUGUAAACCCCUUUUUGAUCGGUUACAAAAUAAUCCUCCACUUUGGUCUGAUGUCCAUACUUCUCUUGGUAAACAAAUAAAAUCUCAUGUUAAGACAUUGCCUUGCCUUGGUAUUCCUACUGUUGAUGCUUUCAAAAUUGUUGAAACCGAUGCUUCUGACAUUGGUUAUGGGGGUAUUCUAAAACAAAGAGUUUCUCCAGAGUCAUUUGAACAAAUUCCUAGAAAAAAGGGUUCCCUUUUGGAUGAGAUUCGCAAGGACCUUGAUGCUUUAUAUGCCCUGAUUAAGAUAAUAUCCAAAGAAAAAGAAGCUAUUGAUGCAGAAGAUGAACGGUCCUCUGAAACUUCUGUUACAAAAGACCUUUACUACCCCUACAAUCAGGAGUGGUUUGGACAUGAUGAAGAAGAAAGUCAUGAUUUUGUAGAAGACUGA